AGUGAAAAUAAGUGUCGUAAAAUAAUCUGCGUGCCAUUAACGAGAACAAUUAAAAUUCCCUUUAUAAAAAGUUGGGAGAAUAAACAGAAAGAAGGGAAAUACACAUAGAACAAGUGUCGGCAAGUGUCGGCCAGUGUCAAAACAUAAAACGCAAGAAGCAAUAAGCAAUAAGCUCACAAAACAAAGGAAAAUAUUUAAAAAAAUGAAUAUAUAUAAAGCAAAAUAAAUAUACACAAACAGAAGAUCAAACGACAAAGAGAAUUCCACAAAAAGAGCGUACGAAAAAAGUGAGACAAAGGCAGAGAACAGGGGAUCUCUCAGCUGGUAUUUAAGAGGCCGAAGGUAAUACUCGAAAUGGCGAUGCCUCCCCAAGGAGGCGGCGGGGGCAGUGGGGGACCACUGACCCCCAAGUUCGUGGUGAUUCUGCUAGUGCUGGUACCCCUCAUCAGGGCCGGGGGGGACGCCAAAGGAACGUCGACGGUGAUCACCACAACAGCUCCGCAGAUGGGAAACCGCAGUCCCCAUCAGCAGCAGCGUCUGCAGCUCUUGCAGGAGGCCCAGCAGCUGGAGGCGGCCCACCAGCACCACCACCACCUGAGGCACGAGCAGCAUCUGCGUGCGGAGCUCGAGGGGAACCAUAAGCCGCCGUCUGUGGGCGUCGGACCUGGAGCUGCCACGGCCAUGAAGCUAUUCGAUCAGCAGCUGCCGCCGGCGGCCACGGGACAGCAGCAGCACCAUUUGCGUCAUCACAACCGCCACCACGUGACCUGGGAGCAGAGAGUCUUCCCCUCGCUGCGUCACCAGCAGCACCGCCUGGCCAUGAGCUCCACUCCAAGACCCGCCGUCACCACCGAGGCCCCCCAUCCACCCCACUCGAUGAUGGGCAAUCACAGUCGCUACUUCGAUCGCGAUGGAAUAUACCCGCCAUGGGCUGAGCCCAGGUCUACGCGGGGACCCAACUGGCGGCAGGAGGUGGACACCUCCUCCGAGGACGAUGACGAUGACGAUGAUGACGACGACGAUGAUGAGGACUACGAGUACGAGGAGGACUCCGGCUCCAAUGCUGUGGACGAAGAGUUGGCCCGACAAAUGCCGCGCUAUUCGCUCUUCAGUCAGAAGCUGCCGCACAUCGAGUCGAAGGAGGAGGAGUACGAUGCCUACGACCAGUCCGACGAAUCGGACAUGAACUCCAGCAGGAACAAGCAUCCCAGUGUGGGUAAUUCACAUGAGAAGGCUGCGGCCAAGAGGAACAUCUUCGACUGGCUCUUCAAGAGGGACAAGGAGAAGGAGCAGAACCUGGAGCAGGACAAGCAGAAGACCCAUAGGGACCGUGCUCUGGUGGUAGUCAGGAAGCCGCACACGACAGAGAGACCCACAGAGAAGGCCACGGAGAAGCCCACAGUGAAGCCAAAGCUGCAGCUAAUCGACGCCAAUCUCCAGGAGGUGGACGAGGAGGACUCCUCCGACGACACCGACACCGACGCAGACUCCGACUCCGAGGAGAGCUUCUCCAACGAGCAGUGGAACAAAAUCGAGCACGAGCACCAUCUCAAGCAGCAGAAGCACCAGAAGGAGCUGCAGGCCCUGCGGGAGACCAGUCGCAACACCCCGCUCAUAAGGGGAGCCUCUUACAACAUUGAGAAUGAGGUAAGUGCUGCAAAGACAUUAGAAGACGGCAACGAUGGCCAUGAUGUGGAAAACAUUUACUCGCCAAACUACAUAACGGGAAAGCUGACGCAGAGGAAGGAGGAGCAACUGGGCACGCCCGAGGCAGCGCUCAAGGCCCGACGACAACAAGCCCUGAUGCAGAAGCGGGAGAGAGCCCUGGCCCAGGCCCACAUGCACCAGGUGAUGGCGGACGCCACCUGCCGCGUGCCCCAGCCGCGCUGCCAGCGCGUCCAGCAGGACCCCUCGAAGAUCUACACGCCCCACUGCACCGUCCUGCACCGCUGCAGCGAGGACAGCGGCUGCUGCCCCAGCCGCACCCAGAUCUGUGCCGCCAAGAGCACCCACAACGUUGAGUUGCAUUUCUUCGUGAAAAGCAACAAACAGCACCGACCCAUUAUCGAGAAGAGGACCUUCGUGAACCACACCGAGUGCCACUGCAUUGAGAGAUCCAACUUCAAGGAGGACGCCGUCGCCCUGGCCAGCACCUCCAUUGUGCGGGCCACCAUCCUGAGCUGCACCUGUCCGCGCAGCUUCGAGGUGAUCCUGCAGGACAACGGCCAGUGCCGCUGCGACUGCAGCUCCGGCAACUACGACUGCGACUGGCUGAAGCGGGGCAACGAGCACUUCGCCGUGGACGAUCGCAAGUGCAUAAAGCACGGCGGCUGCAAGCCCCCGACCUGCGAGUACGGCCACUACAUGGACAAGCACGGACGCUGCCCCAAGCAGCACGAGCAGCCCGUCUACAACGCCAUGUCGUAAGGGGCGCCAGGAGCGUGCCCCCCUCAAGAAAACCUGGAAAAGUAUUAUUCAAGGCAAGAGUCGAAGCGCCAGGGAUGGAAAGGCCUCGGCCGAAGGAUCCAACACAACACCCAAUAUUUCCAUUCAAACAGAAUAAAGUGAAUUUAGUUGCAUAUCCUAUACGAAUCCCAUACGAAUCUAUCUAGAUAGAUACCCCGGACAUACCUACAUAUAUACUACUACAGAUACAUAUAUAUCUGCUGAUUGUGUACUAGAUCUUUUACAGCCACAAUUGUUUGCCCCAAAAGUCUCCCCCAACUAAAAUAUCUGUAAAGAACGAAAAAGUAUCUUCAGCCAAACAUGAAACAAGACUUUUUCGCGCAUGUUUGAAUCCACUAAGAAAAAUAGAAUUGUUCAUAAAUGUUUCAAUCACAUCAAUUACGCCAGUACGUACUCGUAUUGUGCUCUAGAGAGAGAGAGAGAGAUGGAGUUAUGCGAGGGUUUUAAGAGAACGAAAAUGAUAAAUUCCAAAUAUAUAAAUUGACUGCGUUUUUAGUUUUAAUUAACUAAUGUUAUGUUAUUUAAUUAUAAUAAACGACAAGCAAACGAACACAAAUCAUUAAAAUUACAAAUUAAAUAUAUAUAUUAAUUACCUAUUAACGAACGAACACACACACGCACACACACACACACACACACAUGUAGUAUAUAUUAUUCAUGUUAUUAGUUAUUAGAUAAGUUUUAACACAAAGAAAAACGCAUAAACAUACACACACAACACACACACGCACACAAUCGCAAACAAAAUUAAAUU